UUGCUUGCCUCAGUCUUAGCUGAAGAUGUUAAGGAUCGUGAAUCACUCUUGGUUCAAAUAAACUCGGGGCUAGUUCGAGGAUACAAGGAUCCCCAGAAGGAUAUAUUCGUAUUCAAUGGAAUACCAUACGCUACAGCACCCACAGAUUCAUUAAGAUUAGAUCCUAAAGUAAUGCGGUCGUGUAUUUUAUUUUGUUCUCUGCUGGUUUUUGUUCUGUCUCAAGAUACCAAGGCUCGUGAAUCAAGAUUGGUUCAUAUAGACUCCGGUCUGGUCCGAGGGUACAAGGAUACUCAUGAUGAUGUAUUCGUAUUCUAUGGAAUACCGUACGCUACAGCACCGACUGGGUCGGAGCGAUUCCAGGUUAAAAAGUUUUAA